CCCCUUUUCGUCCCGUUAGCCACGCCCCCAAUGCUGGCAGGGAGCGCGUGGAAAUGAUUUGAUUUGGCUGUGCCACUUUCAGCUCUGUAUGCACAGGCCUACUUAUGUCAGUAAAAUGUUUGCUUUCAAAAACAGAAUAUAUUUUAGUCUGAAAUUUGCUAAAUGUUGCCAAAGCAGGAAUUUUAGAGUGGGAAAAGCAGCUCUGGACAGUGUUAACCUGAAGGGUCACAGCUUUCUAACACUGAAGGAUUUUAAUGCAGAGGAAAUUAAACAUAUCCUGUGGGUUUCUGCUGACCUUAAACAUCGAAUAAAACACAGGGGCGAGUAUGUCCCAUUACUUCAAGGCAAAUCUAUUGCCAUGAUAUUUGAGAAGAGGAGCACUAGGACCCGCAUGUCCACUGAAACAGGGUUUUCUCUGUUGGGUGGCCAUCCAUGUUUUCUCACACCCCAGGAUAUUCAUCUAGGAGUCAAUGAGAGCACCACAGACACGGCCAGGGUGCUCUCUGGUUUGGCAGAUGUUGUGUUAGCUCGCGUGUAUAGUCACUCAUCUCUGGAGCACCUGGAUAUAGAUGCUUCUAUACCAAUCAUCAAUGGCCUAUCUGACCUCUACCACCCUAUACAGGUUCUGGCUGACCUAUUGACACUACAGGAGCACUACGGCUCAUUAAAAGGCCUCACUUUGGCUUGGAUAGGUGAUGGAAACAAUGUUCUUCACUCCUUUAUGAUGUCAUUGGCUAAACUAGGUGUCAAUCUAAAAGUGGCCACACCCAAGGGUUAUGAGCCAGAUGCUAACGUCACUCAAGAGGCUCAGCUUCUGUCUAAGCAGUUUGGUACCAAGUUGCAAUUCCUGAUGGAUCCAAUGGAGACAGCACGGGACAGUAGUGUGCUGGUUACUGACACUUGGGUGAGCAUGGGCCAAGAGGAGGAGAAGAAGAAGAGACUAAAAGAUUUCCUUGGUUACCAGAUUACCAUGCAGACAGGAAGUGUGGCUGCACCAGACUGGACAUUUCUGCACUGUCUCCCACGUAAAGCAGAGGAAGUAGACGAUGAAGUUUUCUACUCACCACGUUCCCUUGUGUUCACAGAGGCUGAGAACCGCAAGUGGACCAUUAUGGGUUUGAUGGUGUGCAUCCUGACAGACUAUACGCCACAAAUUCCCAAACUCAAAUUUUAAAAAAAUAUGUGGGAAAAAGACAUUAAAAACAGA